AUGCCUCUAGACAACGCUAGCCCUUCCGCCCUCCCGGAGUCCCCGUGUCGUGCCUCUCCCGUUAGCACCUUACUGGUGGGUAUGAAGAGGUUGUCUGUGCUGCUGGUGGACUGCAGGAAAACAACAGGGCUGAGUGGAACUGUGAGAGGAGGAGAAGAGAAGAAAGGAUCAGAUUUGACACAUCAAAAACAAGAGAAACCAGCAAGUCAACACCUCUGCUCCCAGAUUGGAAAGAGUUUUACCAAGUUAGGAAGCCUGAAAGCUCAUGAGAGAAUACACUCAGGGGAGAAGCCUUACCACUGCUACCAUUGUGGAACUAGGUUUACCAAGUUAGGAAGCCUGAAAAGACAUGAGAGGAUACACACCGAAGCGAAGCCUUUCCAUUGCACCCUGUGUGGAACGAGUUUUAACCUUUUAGGAAAUCUGAAAAGACACGAGAGAAUGCAUACAGGGGAGAAGCCUUUCCAUUGCGCCCAGUGUGGAAAGCAUUUUAGCUUGUUAGGGAACCUGCAAUCUCAUGAGCGAAUACACACGGGGGAGAAGCCUUACAAAUGCUCCCAGUGUGUAAAGAGAUUUAGCCACUUAAGAAACCGGAAUGAACACAUGAGACUGCACACAGGAGAGAAGCCUUACCACUGCAUCCAGUGUGGAAAUGGAUUUAGCCACUUAGGAAGCCUGAAAGCUCAUGAGCGAAUACACACAGGGGAGAAGCCUUACACAUGCUCAGACUGUGGGAAGACUUAUUUCUCAUCACAGUCACUUAAAAUCCAUGAGAGUAUCCACACAGGGGAGAAACCUUACCACUGCUUCCAGUGUGGGAAGAGUUUUAGCAAGGUAGGAAGCCUGAAAGCUCAUGAGCGAAUACACACAGGGGAGAAGCCUUACAAAUGCUCAGACUGUGGGAAGACAUAUUACUCAUCCCAGUUACUUAAAAUGCAUGUAAGAAUCCACACAGGAGAGAAGAAUUACUUAUCCUAGUGUGUUCAUUUAUAUUUCACAUAACAUUAACUUACAAUUCAUCAGAGAACAUGCCCAGUUCUAUCAAUGUCUUAUAUUGUUGAAUGAGAAUGUGUUUACUUGUUUAUACCAUAUCAAAUUGAAUGGUACAAAGUAUACUCAUUAGAAGACAUGAAUUGAAUAUGGAGGCUGUCAGUUUAAAUAUAAAGAAGAUCAGGUUCCUUGUGUUUAAAUGGUCCUUUUUUAAACUCUAUGUUUGUGUUUAUCUGGGUGUGUCAUUCCAUGAAUAAAGUCCCGCCCAGGAACAGGAAACUAUAAAGAUAUGUGCUCAUCACUCAAUGCUUCAGGAAUUCAGACUGUCUUCACUGCACUGUGUAACUGUUAUUUUCUCUGAGCUCAGAAAUAAAGAAUCUUGGUUUGA